CUCUACAGAGGACGAAACCCAUCACGCCUUUGACGAAUCUUGGCUCGGACAAACUCUCUUUUUUUUCCCUCUCCAGCCAGCCCGAGGCCUCACACAUGCACUCAAGCUCGCGCCUUUCUCAAUGACUGCUCCUGGGCCUCCUCAGAGCCGCCUCCUCCUCCUCCCCUGCCUCUUCUUCUUCUUCCUCGUCUGGGUGGCGGUGAACGCGGCUGCGGAUGCGAAUGGGGUGCAUGGUGUCUCAGCUGGCGGCCAAGUUCGCCUUCUUCCCGCCGUCGCCGCCCACCUACCGGAUCGGGAAGCGCGACGACGGCAGGCUCACCGCCGUCUCGUCGUCGUCGUCGGCGGCGGCGGCCCCCAUCGCUAGCGCCGACGACGAAUCGCUCGACGUGCUGCUGGUGGACACCGCGCGUGGGAACAAGAUCGUCGCCUUCUAUCUGAGGAACCCGUACGCGAGGCUGACGGUGCUCUACUCGCAUGGCAAUGCGACUGAUUUGGGGCAGCUCUAUGAUCUCUUCGUGCAGCUCAAGGUCAAUCUCAGGGUCAACAUCAUGGGAUACGAUUAUUCUGGUUAUGGAGCGUCUUCUGGUAAGCCCAGUGAAUCCAAUACAUAUGCAGAUAUAGAGGCAGUUUAUAAUUGUCUCGAGACCCAAUAUGGGGUCAGCCAGGAAAAUGUGAUUCUGUACGGCCAGUCUGUUGGAAGUGGACCAACACUGCACUUAGCAGCAAAGUUGCCGAGGUUAAGAGGGGUUGUCUUGCACAGUGCCAUCCUCUCUGGCCUUCGUGUGCUCUGCCAUGUGAAGUUCUCUUUCUGCUUCGACAUAUACAAGAACAUCAACAAAAUUCGGAAGGUGAAGUGCCCGGUGUUAGUAAUACAUGGCACAGAGGAUGACGUUGUGAAUUGGUUACAUGGCCACGGACUGUGGAAAAUGUCGAGGGAACCAUUCGACCCUCUGUGGAUCAAAGGAGGCGGACACUGCAACUUGGAGCUUUAUCCAGAUUACAUCCGCCAUUUGUGUAGGUUUGUCCACGAAAUGGAGAGCAUUAACAGAAAUCCGCCUAAAAAAGAUUCGACAGACUCUCCACCUACCGAGGCGGUCUUCUACAGCCACUACAACCAAGUGCUGCAGAAUUAAAUGCCAGCGUCCCAAGUGCGCAGAAUGCUCACUGCCUAGCUGCACAAAAUGUUCGUGCCAGCCCAAGUGCACAAGAUGUUGGAGACCCAGCUGCUUCAAAUGCUUUUGUAGACCGAAAUGCAUGAGAUGUCCGAGGCCGAGCUGUCCGA